GAGAGCGCCUGCAGCUUGGCAAGCUUUGCGGGGUCAAAGGCAGGGGGCAUCGUACGGAUCGUGAUUCGGAAGAGAAGCCGAUGAGGCGGGGAUGGAUUAGGAUGAGCUUGGAAAAUCAACACAUCAACACAACAUCGCCACCGAUUUGGCACUUGGACAUGUACAGUUGCCACCGUGAACAACGACCGCUGGUAGAAUGGCAGCGACCUCUUUCACUUUGCGAGGAUAAUUUCGAGUUUCUGUCACAGUCCUUCUCUAACUGACUGGCUAUCCGAUCGAUGCGCCGGCUUCAAUGAAGGUCUAUAGAUAGUGGCGGAUAUUUGUCUGCGAAUCAUUCAUGUGUAAAUGGUUGCGCGCCAGUAUGUCUCUCAUCGAAAGUUGCCGGUCACCAGCACGCGAUCGAUAGUAAUUAG